AUGAGAGAUGGGGAUGAGUACGGUGCCGUUUCAUGUGGCGUGAGGAGGUAUCUUAUGGAGGGAGCAAAUGCUGAGGCUGUACAGAAUCCAUCUAUGAUAUUAGCUGCAGAGAGAACACACAGAAGAGACAUUCUUGAGAAUUUUCGUUAUUAUAAGGGUGGAUGGGAUAUAAGGCAAAAACAUUACUUGUCUGGAAAGUUUCAUGAUCAAACAACUUCCACACAGGAACAUGUCUUAAACAAAGCAGAUACAGUAGUGGAGAAUCUUAGGAAUGUAUCAAAUUAUCUUGCUGCAGCUAAGCAAGUUGGGGUGGGCCAAAUUUACCUACCUGCUGAUGUCCAAAACAACAUAGACAAAGUACAAAGAAUGAUCAGCAAUUCUUCUAUCACUCUGGAAAACAAAACAAAGAAGAAUUCUGAGAGUAUUCAACAUGUUUUGAAUUCUGUGAGAUUGGGUCUUAUCAUAAUUGCUACUGUAAUGCUCCUCCUGGCUCUUCUUGGUUUCUUAUUUUCAGUUUUCAGCCUAAAGUUUCUUGUGCACACAUCAGUGACUAUGGGGUGGAUUCUCGUCACAGUUACAUUUAUUUUAUGUGGCAUAUUUCUCAUUUUCCAUAACGUGAUGGCAGACACAUGUGUUGCAAUGGAUCAAUGGCUUCAAAACCCCACAGCUCACACAGCUUUGGAUGAUAUGCUUCCGUGUCUUGACAAUGCAACAACACAAGAAACCUUGUACGAAAGCAAAGAUGUCACUUUCCAAUUGGUUAAUAAUGUUAACCAGUUCAUCAUCAAUGGGCCCAACUCACCCAGAAAUGAACUUAAUUACAAUCAAUCUGGUCCAGUGGUACCUGUUGUCUGCAAUCCCUUUCAUUCUGAUAUGACUGAUAGGAAAUGUGUUGAUGGUGAAGUGGACUUAAACAAUGCCGCACAGGAGUGGAAAACAUAUGUUUGCCAAGUUUCAGAAACCGGCAACUGCACAAGCGUGGGCCAGUUAACCCCUGCUUUUUAUAGCCAGAUGGUGGCUAUUGUUGAUGUGAGCUAUGCAUUGUAUCAUCAUGGGCCAUUCCUUGUUGACAUACAAGAUUGCACUUUUGUUCGAGAAACCUUUAAUGAUAUCAUUGAUGAUCAUUGUCCAGGUCUGAAGCACUAUAGUAAAUUCAUCUGUAUUGGGUUGGCUAUGGUUUCAGCUGCUGUCAUGCUUUCUCUAAUCUUAUGGGUAUUUAAUGCAAGAGAAAGGCAGCAUCAUGUAUAUAAACAGUUCAUAGCUUCACCUCCAAUGUCCCUUUAG